CUUGGAUGCCUUCUCGUCGCGUCGCCCAAGGCGCGUGCGCCGUCCGGCCUUGGCGCCUGCGUAGAAAGCAGUCCCCCCAAUACCUUAUCUCGCCGUCGGUUGGGUUUCUCUCGUGAGGGGCGGCGGCAGGAGAAGCGGCCAUGAACGGGUUCGGCGUCGGGGCGGCCCCGCUGCGGAAUACCGGCGGCGAAACCCUGGAGAAGAUUGACAUGUCGCUGGAUGAUAUUAUUAAACUUAACAAGAAAGAAGAGCGGAAGCAGUAUUCCCCCAGAACGAAGAGAGGGGUGCAGCAGAACGGCACGUGGCAGUUCAGGACAAGGAGGCCCAAAUGGGGAAUCCAGGAGUACACAGGUAGAGAGCAAUCUGAUGAUGAUGGGGAGUUAAAGCGAGCUGAGCUGCCCCCUCCCGGUGGCCAGCCCUGGGGGGCAAUUCGGCUGGCAUCUGACCAGAAAUGUUAG